GCCCCAGCAGUUUCUGCUCCCGCACAAGCCUUUCCUAUAUCUAAACAUAUAUUAUAUAUAAAAAAAAAACCACAUCACCUCUGCUUAAAGGUAUGCCAUGCAUCCUAGGUUGCGGUGAUAGCAUCAUGUAUCAACAAUAGCCAAGACGAUAUUAGGCCCAUUCUCCAACCAACGUUUUUUAUAAUAAUCAUUAGACGGCCUACCAUAAUUCGGCUAUCAAACCGCUCCGUUAUCCCAUCUCAGCACUGCAUUUCACGCUCGCCCGUGCUCUCCAAGGAUGAUGUGAGCCUGUAGGUGGCAAAAAAGUCUCCAUCUCAAAUAGACAUACAUCGUUUGCAGAUAUAAGGUAUUCCAUCGUACUUUAACAGGUAAUCCUUAUAUGUGCCAUAUUUUAAAGGAGCUCUCACUAACGGAGUUUAAUGCCACAGUUACUUUAGAACGCAUCUCAUUCUGGUUUCUGGGGUGGCGCGUCGGUCCCAUCAUGAGGCAUGUGGUCCGGAGCGCGUACGACCAAGGCAUCAUUUCAACCAAACUCCAUAUUAGGGUUAAGUCGUUGGACUUUAAAUGGAAUCUACUAUCGUAAAAAAAAAUUCACAGGACAAGCGAGAUGACAGUAGUGCCAACUACAUGAACAAGCAGUUUUACUCUACGGUUCGGCGAGGCUUACCCGUUCGAUGCGUGUGCUCCCUUCGGGCGUCGGUAACAGUCUCUCGGCCAUGCAACUUACCUUUCCAUUUGACGUUAGGCAAGGCUUAACCGUCCGAUGCUACGAGUCUCGUCCUCUCGCCAAAUCCUGCAAAAAAACAACAACAACAACUCUCAGCUACCUUCAGCUACCCUCACAUCUUUUGAACCCCGCCUGGCGAGGCUUACCCAUUCGAUGUUCUGAGUUUAAUGCCCCAUCGGAUGCCGUGAUAGUCCUCCCAGUCGGGUUUUCCUUUCCACUCUCCCCGUCCGGCGAGGCUUAUCCGUCUGAUGCAUGUGCUACCUUCAGACGUCUGGCGAGAGUUCUCCCGGUCAGGCCUAUGCUUGCCGGCCGCAAGUGAGUCUCAUCCAUCCGAUGCCGUAAGUCGGGAUCUCCCUUCGGAUGUCGCCAGAGUCCUCCUUGUCGGCCAGCACAAAGCUUUUUAUCUGCCAAACCGAGAGGACCCAGACGUCCGUCAUCCUGAGUCUCAAUCUCCUGUCGGAGGCUUCAUGGGCCCUCUCGGUCAGCGUUAGGCCCUUCACCCACUGAAUAGCAGGGGCUAUCAGCCAGUAGGGCCCGUACACCGACACCAUGACCUAUUCCGGUCGAGGCAACUCGGGUCCUCCCGGUCGGGCACCACAACCACGCUGCUCCUCCUCAUCGACCGGUAGGGCUCACCGUUCCAACGCCAAAAAGCUACAGUUGAGCAUCGGCUCGAGCCCUACCGACCGGGCGCCAACAACCACGUAGUUCACUAGCUGCAGCAGGUAGGGCCUACUCUCCCAACGCCCAAGUCGCUCCCUCCGGAGUACGUAGGCCCUUCUAGCCUGCCAACGAGAUGACUUCUCAGAAACCAAAUCAGCCCCCGCCAGUACUCUAUGCUAUUUUGGGGGGACAUUCUUUAAACUGGCGGCUGUCCUCUUGUACAUUUGCCUUUUUGGGGGGUACUCUAGGUUUGGGUCAUUCCCGAGCUGGGAGCCCUUCCCCGGACAGCACGCCAAAUACGCAUACCAUACCUCAGCUAAUUAUAUGUAAGUGUGAACUAGUGAAAUUACACUUUAACACAGAUUCACACAGAAAACAGCUCUUUUAUAUUUAGAAUAAUAUUUCACAAUUUUAACUGUAUUUUUAAAGAAACAAAUGCACCCUUGAUAAGCAGAAGUUUUUUCAGAAACAUUGAAUCAUAUUACAGAUCCAAACUUUUGAAUUGCAGUAAGCAUAUUAUAAUUUUUAUUUAAAUACAACAAUUAUAAUUAAUCAAUUGUGUAAAAAGAAAACAACUUUACUGUAUUUUUUAAAAUGCUUUCUUCUCCAUUUCUCCCUCUGGAGAUUGAUGUUUAUAUAUUUGUCAAAGAGGAAUACUUCCUAAAGGUUAAUAUGGGAGAACAGGUAGUUUUCAAAGGACAUGGUGAUUCUUCAUUCUGGAAUGCAUUUGGAUAUCUAGAGGAAUGAUUUGACAGUUAUAAAAAUGAUAUUUACAGCCCAAGCACUUGAACAUUGUAUUUUUUUUGCUUCCUCUUGUGUUACUCCCGAAUACUUUCUUAAGAUGCUGAUAAAAUGGUACUUUGUUCUAAUCAAUAUUAGUUGCCAUUCAAUAAAAAUUUAUUGCUAGGUUGUAUAGCAAGGACAAAAGCAUGUUGGAAGCUGUGUGAGUCUUCAGUAAGUGUCUGAGAUGGCCAGAAGAGUGUGUGAUUUGUCGUCCACGGAGCUGCUGCUCACUGCACUGCUGGUUCUUCUCUUCGGGGUCUGUGUGGGACUCAGUGUGGUCACAUGGCUCGCUCUGGACAACAGAGCUGCGGCUGGUGAAGGAGAUGAGAGCGGCUCCGAGUUCACCGGGAGGCUCGUCAUCUCUAACGGAAGCAUCUUCACGGAGGAGCUGCUGAACAAAAACAGCGCGAAGUUCAAAGCUCUGGCAUAUGACACCGAGCAGAAGAUCGAUGACGCUUACAGUCGAACGUCCCUUAAAGAGCAGUUCAGAAGCUCUAACGUCAUUGAAUUCAGUGAAGGCAGCGUGGUUGUUUUCUUCGAUCUGGUCUUCCGAGGCGCUCCGGAUCUGCAGACGGUUCAGGAGCAGCUCGUGGAUGGUUUACAGCAGGCUGACGGAGCUGAUGAUGGACUGCUGAUUGACCUCGACAGUGUGCAGAUCUCAGAUAAACCAACUACAACCCAGAGACCGUCCACAGCAGAAGCAGUCACUCCAAUCAGAUGUCCAGAUGGACAGACGGCAUGUUCUGAUGGAUCAGCGUGUUUUUCGCAGUCGGACCUCUGUGAUGGAGCACAAGACUGUGCUGACGGCACUGAUGAGAGUCAGACCGUCUGUGCAACAGAGUGUGAUGGUCAGUUUCUCCUGCUCGGUCCGACCGGAUCCUUCCACUCUAAGAACUUUCCCGAGGCCUAUGACAGUCCCACAGCCUGCCGCUGGAUUAUACGAGUGACUGAGGGCUUGGCCAUUAAAAUAGUCUUUCACACUUUUCACACGGAGCACGGCAUCGAUGUUCUGGAGCUGUAUGAGGGCACCGGCCCCAUGAAAACACUGACAUACUCUCUCUCGGGCACAUCACCUGGAGAAGCAUGGCUCCUGUCUCAUGAAGCCACCAUUGAAUUUAAUGCAGACUACAGCAACAGCCUUCAAGGAUUCAACGCUUCUUACACAGCAGAGGACUUCAGUCACCUAUCCAAUGAAGAGAAGAUAAACUGCUCCUUUGAAGAGAACUUCUGUCUCUGGAAGCAAGAGAUUUAUGAUGAUGGUGACUGGUUACGAGCACAAGGCGCUGUUCUCCCACCCGACACCGGCCCAAGCUUCGACCACACGAUCGGCAACGAAUCAGGGACCUAUAUUGUGACCCCUCGGACCCCUGGAAGUUGGGAGAAAAGGUUCCGUAUCUUCAGCCUUCCUCUGACUCCAACGAAUGAAUCAAUGUGUCUGCAGUUCUGGUAUCAUAUGUUUGGCGUGGAGGUUUGGCGUCUGACGGUCACGGCACAGAAAGGCUCAUCCAUCACCGACCUCUUCCAGAAAGAAGGGAACUAUGGUGACAGCUGGAAUUACGCUCAAGCCACGCUAAACAUAGAUGCUGAGGCUGUGGUGGUGUUUGAAGCACAGAAGAGGGCGGGAUUUCAGAACGACAUCGCCCUGGAUGACAUCAGCAUUGUGUCUGGUUCUUGUGGAGUGGCCCCUCCAGAGCCGACCCCAGUCCCUACUCCCACCACUCCUCCUUACAUACCACAGGACUGUGGGGGACCUUUUGACCUGUAUGAAUCCAACUCAACAUUCAGUUCUCCAAACUACCCCAACGGCUAUGGACACGAAGCUUCAUGUAUGUGGACUUUACAUGCUAAGGAAGGACAGAAUAUCCAACUGCAUUUUCAAGACUUUGCUUUAGAGAUGGCUUAUGAUGUUUUGGAAAUCCGAGAUGGAGUGACACCCAACUCAGAGUUGAUAGGUGUCUUAACUGGGGAUCGUUCCUUCCCGGAUCUGUUUUCCACAAGCUCUCAGAUGACAGUCAUGCUUUUCACGGAUGAGUCAGGCAAUAACAAAGGCUUUCUCGCCAACUUCAGCACAGGCUUUAACCUCGGGCAGCCAGAUCCGUGUCCCAGCGGUCAGUUUCAGUGUGGCACAGGAAUGUGUGUGUCCAGCUCAGGUGUGUGUGACGGAGCAGAAGACUGUGCUGAUGGCUCUGAUGAAGCUGACUGUGUGCAUAUAAUCAAAGAUAACAUCACUGCAGAUGAACGACUGAGACUUCAGGUCCAGAAUCAUCUUUAUACAGUGUGUGCUCAAGACUGGAGCUCUCAGCUCUCACACUUCUUCUGCCGAUACCUGGGCUACAGGUCAGGAGAUGCUUGGUUCCCCAGCGCUGUGGAUGCAGAUGCUCCUUUUACAACUGUGAGUGUGAAUUCCAAUGGCUCACUGGAUCUGAAACCCAGUGACACGUGCCACAGCGAGAAGAUUGUAUCUCUGCACUGUAACAAUCAGCCAUGUGGCGCCCGUAAAGUGCCCUUAAAAAGAGAGACUGAGGAGGAGACAGGAGGAAAGCAAGAGGGCAGAAUCGUGGGCGGGCAGGAUGCUCAGAAAGGGGCGUGGCCAUGGAUUGUAUCUCUGCGCUGGUUGGGCGGUUACGUGUGCGGAGCCACAUUGAUUGACAGGGAAUGGCUGAUUACAGCCGCACACUGUGUUCAUGGAAAGAACGUGCACCUGUCAAAUUGGGCAGCGGUGUUGGGUCUUCAUUCUCAGUUUGGCUCGGAUGACUCGAACAAACAGGUCCACGCAAUAGAUCAGGUGAUCAUGCAUAAACACUAUAACAGGAGAACCAAGGAGUCGGACUUUGCUCUGAUGCAUUUACAGACGCCUGCCAACUUUACAGAUUACAUUCAGCCCAUCUGCCUCCCAGAUCCCGGCGCUCCGGUUGAAGAAGGAAGGAAGUGUUUUAUUGCUGGCUGGGGAUUUCUGGCUGAAGAUGGUCCCGUAGCUGAUGUGUUACAGGAAGCUGUUGUGCCGAUUUUAAGUAACAAACAGUGUCAGGAAUGGCUGCCGGAGUACAGCUUCAGCGAGCGGAUGCUUUGUGCUGGCUACGCUGACGGAGGAGUGGACACCUGUCAGGGGGACUCUGGGGGUCCUCUGAUGUGUGAAGAGGCCGGCGGCUGGGUUCUUGUAGGAGUCACAUCGUUUGGUAUCGGAUGUGCUCGACCGCAGCGACCCGGAGCAUACGCUCGUGUCAGUCAGUUUGUUCAGUGGACGGCAGAGAAACGACGCCUCUAUUCAAACUGGAGAGGGCUCUAAUCAUUUCCCAUGCAGACACAACGUAUCCCUCGGCUGUUGUUCGGUCAUUUCAGACCGAAAAAAAAGUCUUGAUGACUUUUAUGGCAGUCACUAUGUGAACACUAAAGAUACCCAUGGACUUGGUUUGAAAAAGCUACAUGAAGCUAAAUAUUCCAAGAAAUUGUCUUUUAGAAUGUCUAAAUAUAAAUCCAAAUCCACAACUUAAUAAAUAUAAAUGUUUAUGUUUAAAAACAACUAGAGCAUUUAUAAGUAUUUUAUAUAGAGCUCUACAGGAAUCUAGUGUCUAAUCCAUGGAACUACAGGAGUUUUUAUUUUGUCACUCCCACCAGAUGGACCUAAUCUGCAUUCUAAAACUGGAUUUUAAAGGAAUUGCCUCUGUUUUAACAUGAAAUACUGCCAUAAUUGAAAAAUAUUAGAAAAAUAUAAGAAACAAUUCCCCAAUGGGAAAUAUCAUAAUUAUUCCAUAAAUAUUCAUUAGUACUAUUAAAUUCUCCCAAAAUACAAAAUUAAACUUAAAUUAAAACAUCAAAUGUAAUAUUGUAAAUAAAUCUGAAAUGCUAAUUUUGCACCAGUAUUUUUUACGGUACAUCAUAAAGACUUAAUUUCUUGUGACGUUUUAGAUCUGUUAUGUUAAAUUAAAAAAUACACACCUUUGACAAUUAAUGAAAAAAUAUAGAUGAAGCAGUGCAUUUCUCAAUUGACACACAUAACAGAUGAUUGUUUAGUAUAGAUUGAUAAUUUAAUAGGAACAGUACUGUUGGAUUUUAGCGCCGAAUUUGUUGAAAUGGAUCAUAAAUUAUUGUUGGAAAUAUCAAACUGUGCAUUGGUUUAAAAGUUAUCUGACUAAUAGGAGGCAGUGUGUAUUUUAUAAUGGAAGUUAUUCAGAAGUGAAAGAGUUGCACUGUGGUGUUCCUCAAGGAAGCGGUCUAGGACCAGUUAUUUUCUACUUUUACCAAUGACCUUGCUUUGGUUUUAAAGUGUGCAAAGGCAGUUCUGUAUGCAGAUGAUACAACAUUAUAUCUACCAGCGACAUCGAUUGAUAAAUUAUCAGUGGAUUUAGAUGAGGAAUUACAAUCAGUGGUAAAGUGGGUACAGAAUAAUGAGAUGGUUCUAAAUUUGGCAAAAACUAAAAGUACGGUGUUUGGUUUUAAUUUUAAACUUAAAACCACAAUUAAAGUGGUUUAUAGUUUGUAUUGUAAUGCAUGUCAUAAAUUUAACACCAGGCAUGCAUAAAAAGGAUAUUUUUUGCUUCUCGUUUCAAAAACAAAUGUUAAAGCAAUGGACUGUAAUGUACAGAGGAAUGAAAAUAUGCAAUGAACUAUCAUCGGAUAUUACGUAAAAAAAAAUUGUUAAAGAAAAAUUUAAUGGUACAGUACUCAGUAAAUUGAUGAUUUUUUUUUUUUAAUGAUUUUUGGGUUUUUAUUUUUUAUUGGAUCGUUUUUUAUUGUUAUGUAUUAAUGUAAUGUAAUUUUGUUUUACUUGUCAGACCACAGGAAGAAUAGCCACUUCCUGGGUAGUGGCUAAUGGGGAUCCAAAUAAACAACAUUCAAUACA